UGCUAAAAUAGUUCAUUGAUUAAAAAUAUUUAAAGUAUAAUUUACUGUAAUAAUUAUUUUAAAAGUUUUAAUUAUUAUAUACAAUAAUCAUGCCGUUUAUGCAAUUUUAUACGACACUACCGGCCCACCGGGUACCACAGGAUUUUCAACGUAAAACAGUUGAGGUGUUGAGCCGUGUGUUGGCUAACAAACCCCUCGAGCGGAUUACCGUGCAUUUGCUCACCGAUCAAAAUAUCUACACUGGAAGUGACCCUGAUCGUAAAGUGGGUAAUGCCUACGCAGUGCUACGGAGUAUAGGGUGUGUCAGUGCGGACGAGAACCGGCGUACUAUAGAUGCAAUGGCCCGACACGUGCACCAGGAGCUCGGUAUAGAUCAGACCCAGUUCCGACUGUUUUUCAUUGACCUGGAUCCUAACCUUGCUGCCUUUAAUGGCAAGAUUGCUACUGACCAUGGUCUAUAAUUUCAUUUUAGUUUAAAAGUCACAGUUAAUAUUUUAAAUGUGUAAUAGCAACUUUGCUAGAUUAAUAUUUUAUAUAAUAUUCUAC